ACGUUGCGUCAUAUUGCGCACUGGUUCCGAGUCGUGUGUCGCGAAUCUCGUUUUCGAAAGAGCACGCACACACAUGCCGCGUUGUGAAAUCAAACUAUCGGCCCGGGAAACAAGAGUGCAUAAAUCACAAACGACAAUUCUUAGUGUUCGUCAGAUGCAAUCUGUUUUGGCGCGUGUGAUUGCGUACGUUUCGUGUGACUGUCGAUUCACGUAUCUGUGCGCGCUCGGUAGGUCAAAAUGGCGUGAACCGACUGUGCGAUUUUAGGUUAUCUUUGCUCGUGGCAAAUCACCGCGCGUUCAGAAACAAAGACGCGCGUCUAUCCCCUAGUGGCAUCCUUUUUUUUAAGUGCUCACCGCGAUCCUCCACGUGCGUUUUUGGGUCCGAGUUACAUGAGUUAUGAAGACGGAAUGCCCGCAGGCGGUAACAGUCGUUUCCGCGGUUACCCAGCGCGGAUGUCCGAGCGACAACAGCUCGCGCUUCUUCUUCAAAUGACCUCUCAGGAAAUAGUUUCAGGUGGUAAUCGAACAGAAAAUACAAAUACAUCAAAUACUACUUCAAGGUCAUCAAGUUUACAACAACGAGGAUCAAAAGGUCGCUGGACUAGUAAAAAUGGGGAAUCGGCAGUACAGGCAUCUAUUAAUCGUAAAGAAGAUUUUCGAAUGCGACAAAUGCUCGUAAAUGGAUAUGAUCUCAAUACAAAGGAAACAAAUGAUAUUACAGGUGUGAGUUCACCUGAUGAAAGUACAACAGUUGCUCCUGAUAGCCCAUGCUCUCCGGCUGAAACAAGCACAUCAACGUCGUCACACGAACAACAAGAACAGGAACAACAGCAGCAACUUUACGAACAUCACCAUUCUCAAUUUCAACAACAGCAGCAACGUACGACCGGAAGUGCGCCAGCCGCUGCACUGCACGUUGCUGAGGACAGUGGAGCCCCCUGUGAAAUGCGNNNNACACCACCGCAAAAUAAAGUCGAUAGAUCGGGAACCGGGCAGUCUGGAAGCUCGCCGAGGGUGACGCUUCGGCUCAACCAGGUGAGAGGAGCGAGGGAUGAAAAAAAAGGAGGGGGUGCUGCUAACUCCCGUCAGGGCGGCAUGAACGCACAGAAUCAAGGUCAAAUGGAAACCUCAUCGAAGACGUCAUCAAACGUCUCAUCAGGGACCGUGAAUGCCGUCUCGGGUUCCAGUACCUCUGGAAACACAUCGUCUACUAGUGAUAGUAGCGACGUGUAUGAAUUCAAAAGUUCGAAAGAACCCACACCAGUUAGAGGUGCAAGCUCAUCACCAAACCCUAAUCCUGAGAAAGAUAAAGAUGGUAGCAAGUCUGUUGGCAAUCAAGGAGGACAGAAUGGUGGUAACAACGUGUCUACCGCUAAUAGUGCAACAUCUUCCGGUGAAACAACAACCGCAUCGAUUACUACCGAUGAUGCCCCUGCGGUUUCAGCAUCGCCUUCUUCUAAGCGUGCAUUUGAAAACGACAAUACAGAAGAACAGGAUGAAGAGAAUCGACGAAAAAAACGAAAAGAUUCCGAGCCUAUAAAAGAAAAUUUAAAAAGCACUACCACAGGCAGACAAAGUACUAGUAGAAAUACUACUAAUACUGUGGAAAAGUGUACAAAAUCAGGUAAACAAGGAUCUGGAACAAGUUCGAGUAAAAAUAAUCAAAAUACAACCUCAAUUAGUACAGACAGAAAAAGUCCAAGUUCUUCAAUGGCAAGUAGUCCAAAACCAUCAAAUCCUUCUGGUUCGACAACUAAUUCUAAAACAACUACACCAGCACCUCCAGAAUCUGAUGGCGAAGAUGAUCGAUCGAAAGGAUCAGAUUCCAAUUCAGCUCCUAAAGUACCACCUUUAAAAAUAGUUAUUCCACAAAGUACGACGUCUGAACAAGAACAAGGUAACAGAAAUGGAAAGAGCACAUCUAAUAGGAGUCAUCAGUUGCCUUAUGUAGUUGCCAGUUCUAAUAGUAAUGAUUCAACGGAUAAAGAUCAGAAUCAAUCAACUAGUGGAACAACAAGUCCUACAGAAAGUGGAAAUAGUACUAAAAAUGAAGAUAAGAAAGAUUUCAGCGGUGCUUUGCACGGAGAAGAAAGAUCAACGCAUCAUCAAAGAGUGCUCAGAAGUUCACAUAGAUCUGGUAAUGGCAAUAAUGGGUCAAUGACUUUGAAAGAAAACUCUUCUUCUACAGGAAAUGGAAAUUAUUCAAACUCAUCUCCACUACCAGUAUCUUCGACAGAUCGUUCCAAUAAUUCAUCACCACAGCAAAGGCAUCAUUCACCAACACCUGAGACUACUAAUUCUGAAUCAAAUAAAAAUACGUCGACAGAAAUUUCAAACAGUGGUAUUACUUCAAAAACAAAUAUUAUGACAGAAAAAUCAGAAAAAAAUACCGAAACUGGUGGAAAAUGUCAAAAAGAUAGCGGAGCUGAGAAUUCCGAAAAUGCUUCUACAACUACCUCAUCCACGAUAGCAAAUAUAGGCACCCCGGCACCACCUGUUGAACUUCAUCCUAGGAAAAGAAAAAUGAAACCUAAUAAAGAAGCACAACAAGCUGCUACUAAUGCUUCUAAUGAAGCAUCUGAAGCAACAAAUACAGGUCCAGAAGUUCAUCCACAUGAUCAACCGAUUACUAAUUGUUAUCAAUUGUUUUUAAAUAUUAGAAAACAGAUCGAACGAAGAAGAAAAGGUCUUUUUCCAGUUCAACCAAAACCACCUCAAGGUUUCAAAGAUUAUUUAAUGAAUCGUUGUACAUACGUAUUAGCUGGAAAUGCAAAUAAAGAACCAAACGUUAAUCCUCCGGUUGGAUUGCAAGGCGCUAUGAAAGACUUGUAUAUUGAACAAGAAAAAGAAAGAUAUCGUCUUAGAAUGCAACAUGUUGUUGAAAAAGAAAAGCUAGUUUUAUCAGUAGAACAGGAAAUUCUUAGAGUACAUGGUAGAGCUGCUAGAGCUCUGGCCAAUCAAUCCCUACCUUUUUCUGUUUGUACCAUAUUAAAAGAUGAAGAAGUGUAUAAUGUUAUUACACCAGAACAAGAAGAAAAAGAUAGAAAUGCAAGGAGUAGAUAUAAUGGUAGAUUAUUUUUGAGUUGGUUACAAGAUGUAGAUGACAAAUGGGAAAAGAUUAAGGAAGCAAUGUUACUAAGGCAUCACAAUGAAGCUGAAUCAUUACAUGCUGUACAAAGAAUGGAUUGGGAAUGGAAAUUAAAAGAAGUUGGAUUAUGUGAAUUUAAAGCAACACCUCAAAUAGAAGAUAUUCAUGUUCCAAUGGUACAUGUUUCAGAUGAUUUCGAUUUGCUCCCAGCUUAAUGUACAAUAAUUGCACAAUUUAUUCGUCGUAAAUAUUUCUUUUAUACCUUUGAAAUAAUGUCAAAGCGUAUAAUUAUAAUCUGUGAUCUCUUUAAUAAAACGUACCCGCCGUUUUUACACGGUUACGAAAUUAUAUUGUACUACUUUUAAAACUAUUAUUACAUAUGGAGGCUAUAUUUAAAAAACAUUUGACACUUUAAUUAAAUUGCAAUAUUAUAUCAUUUUUAAUGUAUUUCUCUAAAUUUAUAUACAUUAGGAUUAUAUAUAUUAUUUUUUUCAUGUUUAUUAUUUAACAUGUUUUAUUCAUAGAUUAUGUCAUUAAAGGAAUGAACAAAUGAAAAAUUAUAAAUAUUGACUAGGGAUUUGUAAUAUUCUGCAAAUUCAACACUUAAAAAAUCUUAUGUAUUAAUAUUUUGAUAUUAUAUUUUUCAGUAUACAGUCUCUUUGUAAUGAUGUAUAUAUUUUGUACCUAGCAACUUAUAUACUGCUUUUAAAUAAUGUAUAAAAACUAUAGACUAAAAUGCCAUGCAAUAAAUAAAACUAUACAAGUUAAAUUA